UCUACUUAACUUUUCUUCUUCCUCUCUCUUCUCUGCUACAAAAAAGUUUUAAUUUCUUUCUUUUAUUGUGUUUUGCUUUAAACAAGAAGCAAGACUUUAAGCUCUUCUCGAUCUAGAAUCUUGUCAUGGAAUCUCCAGCAACCAAAUCCUCCACCGCGAGGUCUGUUGAGCUACCGCCUCGUCGUGGAAAGGUGAAGAGAGAGAUCUUUGGUUUCUUGGCUGGUUCCAUCGUUUCAGCUGCUGCCAAAGCAGGUGGAGCGUUUGGGAUGAACUUAGGAAGUGGUGGUGGUGGUGGUGGUUCUUCUUCCUCCACCGCUUCAACUCCUCCGGGAAGUGGAUACACCUCCGACCAGAACAACGAAUCUACUUAAAAGCAAUAAAAACAUAUAUAAAGACAUAAUUAAGAAAAGUGCCGACACCAUGGCACGGAAGCUGAGUUGUUCUGUUCGUUUUUUGAAAACAGAACGCUGCUUUUGGUUUUAUCAAGUCCGGUUCGGUUUUUAUGGUGGUUUGUUUUAUUUUAUGUGGUACGACCCGGUUUAACUUCGGUUUUUGGUGGGUUAAACUGGGAUUACGUAAUUGUGUGUGGUUUAAUUUGCUUUUAAUUGUUGUUGUAAACUAAAAAAAUAUCUCCCUAAUCUGUUGGUUCUACGUGUUUUUAAAAGUGGAGUAAUGAUUAUGUCGUCUGGGAGAUAUUUUUGUUUUGGUUUGGUCUGGUUUGGUUUGGGUUUAAUUAUGUGUUUUGUAUGGUUUAAGUGUAUGUUCGUAUGUUUAAAUGCAAUGUAUAACUAAGUGUGUUAAUUGAUUUUGUUAGCUUA